AUGAAGUUACCUGCAGUCUCUGCGGCCUUGCUGAUGGCUUUGAGCCUUACUGGCGCGGCAGCCACUCCCCAUGAAGAUCCUAAUGGCUCCGUUGAAAAACGAGAACCUCCCAAUGGGGGUCCCCCAGGAGGUCCCCCCGGCGGAUUCAACAGUGGAAGUGCACCCUCAUGGUGGGGUGACAAACCUAGGCCUACCAAUGGUGGUCCUAAUUCUUGGGGAAAUGGAGGUGGAGGACCACCAGGUGGUGGUCCAGGAGGCGAAGGUGGUUGGGGAAAGGGUGGCGGCGGCGGUCCUGCUGGCGGUCCUCCUGGUGGUGGUGAUCAUCAGUGGACUGGCAGGCCCACUGGGACAGAUGCUCCAUGGGGUGGAAAACCAACAGGCAAACCAUCCAAACGCGACGCAGAACCAACAGACACUGACGGCGAGGACGACGGCGACGGGUUUGAGCUUCCCACCGACUUGGAACCCACUGGGGAUCCUCUGAAAGUGAAUAUUCCCAAAGGUGUGGUUUCAGACGCCAACGGCAAACCCAUGAUAUGUGGAUGCUGGCAUUUGAAAGAGGGCGUCAACGCCACCAGCGUCAGAAACGCCACCGACUUACCACAUCCUUCCGGUCCCGAAAAGCCUGGCGAGACACACGCGCCUGGUGAAAAGGUCAAGCGGAUGUACAUCUUUAGAUGGGACGAGUCGCAAAUAGGAGGCCAUUGGGGUAAAUACCUCGAGUUUGGCUCCGGAGAUCCUGACGACCCGCUCUUCGACUUCAAGCGCUAUGGCGCCAUCAGCAGAUUUGGCUGGAAGCAAAAGCGUGACUCUACAGCUGGCGGUUAA